AUGCGGUCUUUAUCAGUGGAUCUGGACCGUCUCUUCAAGCGCGACCUAACCCUGGCGGUCGCCGUCUUUGUCUCGUCUGCAUGCGCUGUCACGCGCCUCCACUCUCCGGAAAUAGAUCUUGAACGCGUGUUCAUCACGCUCCGCCUUCUCAGCGUAGGUAUCAAACCUAGUCGUCUCACCGAACCUCCCUCUCUCUGUUCAGACCUUCCAGAGCAGCCAUUGCUGCCAUCGACGUCUGUCUUCUUCUCGCCGCAUGCUUCCGCAUCUUCGGACCUCCUUCUUCUUUUUGCGUUUGUUUGUUUGUGUUUCGCCUCUGUAGUAGAGGGUUUCGCCUCUGUAGUAGAGGGUUUCGCCUCUAUAGUAGAGGGUUUCGCCUCUGUAGUAGAGGGUUUCGCCUCUGUAGUAGAGGGUUUCGCCUCUGUAGUAGAGGGUUUCGCCUCUGUAGUAGAGGGUUUCGCCUCUGUAGUAGAGGGUUUCGCCUCUGUAGUAGAGGGUUUCGCCUCUGUAGUAGAGGGUUUCGCCUCUGUAGUAGAGGGUUUCGCCUCUGUAGUAGAGGGUUUCGCCUCUGUAGUAGAGGUGCCUUUUUCCAAAUUGUUUCUCGUCGUUCUUUGGUCGUUUUCAACAGUUAUUAUUUCUCUUGUUAAUGUUGUCAGUUUACCAAACAAUUACAGUGUUCCAGCAGUGUUUGUGUUUGGAGACUCCAUAGUAGAUACAGGUAACAAUAACUACAUUAAGACCAUAGCCAAAUGUGAUUUUCGACCAUAUGGUAAAGAUUUUGGUGGAGGAAAUCAACCAACUGGGAGGUUCAGCAAUGGUUUAGUCCCUUCAGACAUCAUUGCUGCAAAAUUUGAAGUGAAGAAGCUUUUGCCACCGUACCUUGAUCCAAAUUUGAAACGUGAAGAUCUCCUCACAGGUGUAAGCUUUGCAUCUGGUGCUAAUGGAUAUGAUCCUCUAACUUCUAAAAUAGCAUUGGUGCUAUCAUUAUCAGAUCAACUGGACAAAUUCAAGGAAUACAUAAAAAAGAUACAGGGCAUGGUCGGAGAAAACACAACAACAUCACUGAUAUCGAAAAGCUUAUACAUCUUAUGCACAGGAAGCAAUGACAUUACCCAUACUUUCUCUUUGAGGCGGCUGAAAUAUAAUAUUUCAACUUACACAGACUUCAUGGCUUCACAAGCUACAAUGUUCUUAAAAGAACUUCAUGGACUUGGAGCUAGAAGAAUUGGAAUUCUUGGUUUGCCAAAUGUAGGGUGUCUACCCUUUGAAAGAACAAUCAGAGGAGGAUUUAAGAGAGCAUGUUCAGAUGCUGAUAAUCAGGCUGCGAUGUUGUUCAACAACAAGCUAUCAUCCCAAAUAGAUAUUCUUGGGAAAGCUUUUCCUGAUGCUAGACUUGUAUACCUUGAUAUUUACAACCCAUUAUCGGAUAUGAUUCAAAACCCCUCUAAAUAUGGUUUUGAAGUAGCAGAUAAAGGAUGCUGUGGCACAGGAGAUUUUGAGGUAGGCUUUUUGUGUAACCCUGUCCUGAAGAUAUGUUCAAACAGGUCAACUUAUAUAUUUUGGGACAGUUUCCAUCCUACAGAGAGGGCCUUUAAUAUACUUUCUUCUGAGGUGUUAGACAAAAAUAUCAACAAAUUCUUCUGA